AGUUCUUGUUGAGCGGGUAAAGUUCCGUAACGACCUCGUGCGCGCUUAGAAGAGGUGGCGCGGCCAGGAAGGCGGCCGCCGACAAAGGCAUGGCGUCGAAGGUCCCUGAAAAGCAGCAACAGGAAGAAGAUAAUGAGGAAGCCGGCACCUCCUCCGGAGCCUAUUCCAUCUUGAACACUGCUGGAGGCUCGCCUCGCAACGCGAAGAGUCACCGUCUUUUUUGUUUGAGCCCGGGAGUGGAUGGCGAGGAGGACGAGGCCGGGCCACUGCCGGUGCAGUAUCCGUCCUACCUAGGAGCCCUGACGGGCAGGGAGAAGGUGGCGCUGUACUGUGACGAUCUCCUCAAGGACUGCAAGGCAGAAGAUGCCAAUGAGGCCGUAAGUAAAUACUUGUUGGCAAAGUUGAAAAUGAAGGAAAAAUGGCUUGGAGUGUGGAAGACCAAUCCAGAACUCUUUUUUGUUAAUUCUGAAGAAAUUCCUAUACCAUAUGUUGGUGUGCUUGUGAAGGUUACUUGCAAACUGCCCAAGAAUCCCUCUGCUAAUUUUAAAGUUUCUGUAUCUGUAGCUGAACCCUUUUCUUCUAAUAUUGCAAAUAUUCCUAGACAAUUGGUUGAUGAAGUUCUUCAGGAAAUGGAUCUUUGUGUGCCCCUUUUGGAAGUCUAUCCUGUUGAGGGGCAGGAUAGUAUAGUGUUCGAUAUAGCCAAGGCUUUGGAAGUUGUGAGGUUUUUCUAUGACUUUCUUUGGCGAGAUUGGGAUGAUGAUGAAAAUAGUGAGACCUAUGCUGCACUGAUAGAAGAGAGAAUUAAGAUUUGGUGUGAUAUUCAGAAUGGGAUUAUCCCUGCUCCAAUUGCUCAUCGUUUUAGAAGAAAUCUGGAAAAGUACAAAAGCAUGCAUUUGGAAUUGAUCCAUUACCAAAGUAAUAUUAAGGAAGAGCCUACAGCAGAAGAAGCUGUUGAAUGUUGGAAAAAAUAUUAUGAACUAAUAAUGCUAUGUGGAUUGUUGAAAAUAUGGGAAGAUUUACGCCUCAGGGCACAUGGACCUUUGACUCCAAGAAUAUUGAAACGUAGGAAAGGACACAGAACUGAUGGCAAACCUGUAACUUAUAUUGUUUCAAAAACAAUGACAGAAACGGUUAAAGAAAUAUCUACUGAUGUAGUUUUUCAACAGCAUGAUAACUUAAACGUGGCUUUGGACAACUGUUAUAGUGGAGAUAAUGUGCUUAUUUUCCCAGGAGAAUAUAAAGCUGCAAGCCUUUCCAUGUUGACUGAAGAUAUUAUUAUUAAAGGAGUUGGAAGACCAGAAGAAGUUGUGAUUGUUUCAGAGCCUGCCCAUGAGAAUUUUGUAGUGUCGAGGGCCCAAAAUGUGAAACUAAUGAACGUUACUUUGAUACAGCAAGGGACUGUCGAUGGUAUUAUAGUAGUUGAAUCUGGACACACAGUUCUGGAGAACUGUGUAUUGAAAUGUGAAGGAACUGGUAUCUGUGUACUUGCUGGAGCUUCUCUGACAGUUAAAAACAGUGAGAUUACUGGAGCUCAGGGGGCUGGCAUUGAGUUAUAUCCAGGAAGCACAGCUAUGUUGGAGGAUAACAAAAUUCACCACUGCAGUAACUUCAGAACCAGUGAUCCUUCACGGGGUAGCUUUGGUGCAAUUAACAUUAAGGUCCUUCCUGCUCCCAAACUAAAGAUGAAAAACAAUCAUAUUUACAGUAACAAUGGCUAUGGAGUGACUAUUGUUAAGCCUUCUGAACAGCUGUGUGCUACAGCUGAUGGAAAAGUGGAAUGUGCUGCAGCAGGAGAUGGAGAAGAUUCUAUUUCCAAACUAAUGCAGGAAUUGAGCCUUGAGAUAAACAGUAAUACGCUAGAAGAUAACACUAAAGACAUCAGUAUAGUUAACUGAAGCUGUGGACUUCCCAGUUACAACCAUUUGCUGUGGCAGAAGAAAAUUUGCUUUUAUUAAAAAACAUUACUAAAAGUUGUUUGUUAAUAUUGUUAAAAUAGCACCAUAAGUACUAAUUUUGAGUAUAGAGGAAGUGUUUCAAUCUCUCCAUAGCUUGGUAUGAAUAGAAUAUAUAAGCUUAACUUCCGUUUAAAAGACCUUUAUAACAAAAUUACAGAGUUAACAGCCAUAUAGAAAAAAGGUUUAUAAUUUGGUCUUUAAAUUGAACACUGUGCUUACUUUUCUAAUUCAUGAAUAUGUUUGUAAAAAAAACCCCAUGUAACAGGUUGUGUUAUUGGGAAAUAACUCUUGUGAAGGUCAGGAGAGAAUUUCCAUCUCGAAAAUUGGUUAAAUUACUGAUUUAUCACUG